AUGCACAGCUGGCACGAUCUGCACCAGAAUUCAUGCUCAUGUGCAUGUGUUCGCUCGCCCCUCUGUGCUCAGGGAGUUCUUGCGCUGCAGACGUUGUCCUGCAUCCGGGGAGACUCGUCCCUUCCCCCCAUCUCGCCGGAACGCCUGCACGACGCCGUGAACAUCCUCCUCUCCUACCAGAACAGGGAUGGCGGCUGGGCUACGUACGAGAACACCAGGGGGUUCCGCUGGUACGAGACUUUGAACCCUUCCGAGACUUUCGGGGACAUCAUGAUCGACUACUCGUACGUGGAGUGCUCGUGUUCUUCCAUGACUGCCCUCAAGGCCUUCGCCAAGACCUACCCGGACCAUCGAGCGGCCGAGAUCAAAAGAUCCCUGUCAAACGGACGCCGGUUCAUCCGCUCCAUCCAGCGCCCCGACGGCAGCUGGUACGGCAGCUGGGGAGUCUGUUUCACUUACGCUACCUGGUUCGGAGUGGAGGGGCUCAUGUCGGCAGGCGAGCCGGUAGAGAGCCCGACCAUCACCAAGGCCGUCGACUUCAUGUUGAGCCGUCAGAAUGCAAAUGGCGGGUGGGGCGAAUCGUACCUCGCCAGCGUGGACAAGGGGUGGACGGAGACGGGAGUGCAGUCUCUGCAGGAAGAGGUGUCCGCGCUGGGAAACGGGGGGAGCGGGGUGGUCCACACGGGAUGGGCCAUGCUAACGCUGAUCGCGUCUGAGCAGUGGGAGGACAGGGAGGACGUCAGGCUAGCCCUGUGGAAAGGCUCUCUCUUCCUUCGGAAGAUGCAGCUGCCUAGAGGGGACUGGGAGCAAGAGGGCAUCACGGGCGUGUUCAAUCGCAGCACCGGCAUCACCUACACCUCGUACAGAAACGUCUACCCCAUCUGGGCCCUGGGAAAGUACGCUCGGACUGUGGAGAAAAUGUUCGGCUCGGAGGAAUUCUCGGCCUAACAAGUUUGGAGUGCCGUACAUGUCUUUCUGACUGUUUUUUUUGUUUCUCGUCGUGUGCCUUGUGCUGGCAUCUUGCUUGUGAACCCCGGAAGGAAUCAAUCCGUGGUGUGCGGGAGUACCGAGGUACUGGAUGAGAGCAUAGGCCUGUAGAAAAGGUUGCCAAGAUUCGACCUAUGCUUUUUUACCGUGAGGGGCGUACCUCCAGCGCGCUUAAGCCAUGUGAAACCAAGGUUUUGUCUUGUUUUUUAUUCUUCGUUUUGUUCUUCGUUAUUUUGGUAGUAGGGUCGUGCAGACCUUCUCUCUCUUUAGAGGGCCUCCUAGCCUCUGCCAAACGGAACCGCAAUCUACCUAUUGUAGCGGAGGCGUUUUCGAGAUCUGUUCUCCUC